CUUCAUGAGCGAUAUCCAUCGGGAUACUUAUUAGUGGGCCCACAUUCGUCCCCGGAUUAGUACGCAUCCUGCAUCCGAACUAACAACUAUCGAAAGAACUCGCAAAUUACAUAGAACAUUUCGUAUUUAAUAAAUUUUAGACAAAUAUUUUUUUAAAUGCAGAACUUUCUAAAUUAUCAGUGUACUGAAGAAACAUGGGAGCAGCAUAUGUUUUCCGUGAGUUCCUACAAACAUCCAGAUUCGCAACCAGCAGCGAAGCAAAGGUGUCAGGCAAACGCGCGCGAGAGGGAUCGGACGCAAAACAGCGUCAACAUAGCAUUCAACACACUGCGCUUGCUCAUCCCUACGGAACCACCGGACAGGAAGCUCAGUAAAAUCGAGAUCCUUCGUCUCGCUGGCAGCUACAUCACACACCUCGACAAUCAACUCUAUACUGGAGACUUGGAGCAGCCCUGUUUACAGAAGAAUGACGUAAGCGACCAAGAUAAAUCACUGUGCACUUUUUGCUGGUCGGCCGUUAAAAAAGAUAAAUCGCCCCAGCCAGCUGCACAUUUGAAUUAUUACAAGUCUCCGCGCUGAAAUUCUGCAUCCUCUUGCAUCCGUUUCUGCAUUCAAGUCAUAGCCUAGUCCAAUAUUCUUAAUAUUAAGUCUCAUGUAAAUUGCAUUUAUAACUUAUUUCGUUCUUAUUGUAAGUUACGAGAAUAUUUUCGUAACAAAAGUAUACUUUUAUGAGGUAAGAAAACGCAUUUGUAAAUAUUAAU